AUGAAUGAAUAUGAUUUGAGCAUUGAAUUAUCGGAUUGUAUCAGAUAUAAUAAUAUCCAAGCAGCUUUAAUUUAUUUGGAUCAAUACAAAGAUAUCAAUGAAGUAUUUUAUCAUUUAUCAAAAUAUUCAAUUCCAUCUCUAUAUGAAUAUUUUAUUUCUCAUGGUGCAGAUAUCAAUUAUAAACAUCAUGGAAAUACUUCUCUACAUACUGCAGUUUUGGAUAAUCGAAUACAUUCAGUAGAAUUAUUGAUUUCAUAUGGGGCAGAUAUUAAUGCAAUAGAUAAUGAUAAACAUACUCCUCUUCAUGUUGCUUUGGCUUAUAGAUGUACAGAAAUAGAAGAAUUUCUUUUUUCACAUGGUGCAGAAAUUGAUGUAAUUGAUAUAAUAAAAAUACUAAAUUCGAGUUAUCCAAUACAUUUUGAAAAUAGUUCUGUCAACGCUGACUUUGCUAUUCAGCGGGCGAUUGAGGAGGAUAGAAUUGGAAUAAAUAAUUAUUUAAUUUCCAAAGGAAUACAAAUAAAUAUCAAAGAUGAAAAUAACAACAUAUCCCCGCAUGACGGGAUCAAUCAAAAUAGUGUAGAAAUGGAUAAAUAA